AUGUGGAAGCGCGAAAGUCUUUGUGAGGUGGAGGUCCAUUUCUUCCAGGCCCUGGUCCCCGAGGAGGAGUACUUGGCCGACGACUGGCUGGAGGACGACCUGGGCGAGAUGCAGCCCAAGAAGAAGAGGAAGAUGGCGUCUGAGCUGGAGGGCAGGAGAGAGAACGGCGAGCCUCUAAGCCUACGCACCUCCUCCAAUAGGGGUCUCUUGAUGAAGAAGGGCCAGGCUAAGGCGAGGCAGGUGAAGAUGACCCAGCUCUCUGGCAUGGUGAUGCUGGGCCGCAGAGAGGUCAGUAGGUCACCCAGCCCCACCAUCACCCAGGACGACGACCCCAUGCAGUUCACGGCUAUGCACCAGCACAGUGUGCCUGCCCCAGCCGUUGCUGCCCCGAUGCCUGCACCUAUCAGGAUGAGGGUCAGAGUUCAGGACAACGUCUUUCUCAUUCCAGUUCCACACAGCACGGCCGACUCCUGCACCGUGUCUUGGCUGUGCGAGCAGGCAGCCCAACGCUACUACCAGACCUGUGGCCUCCUGCCACGCCUCUCGCUGCAGAAAGAGGGCGCUCUGCUCGCACCGCAGGAUCCCCUCCUGGCUGUCCUGCACACCAACGAGGAGGUUGUUGCCAAAGUGUGUUCCUGGGACCUGCCCCCUCUGCCUGAGCGCUACCAGAAGGCCUGCCGCAGCCUGGCUGUGGACGAGAGUGUGCGUGUGUUGCGUCUGUGCGAGGCGCAGGACGGCAGCUCCUCGGUGAGCGUGUGUGGACUCAGCCUGGCCUCGACGGCCCUGGCCCCCCUGCUGCACGCCCUCAAGCUCCAGGCCAGUCUGACGGAGCUGCGGCUCGCCGCCAAUCGCCUCGGUGACGGCCUCCUCCCUGAGCUGGUGGCCGCCGUGGCCACUAUGCCCAGGCUCCGCCUGCUGGAUGUGUCGGCCAAUCUGAUCACCGGAGAAGGGCUCAAGAAGGCUGCUAAUUCGCUGGAUGGGAAGAGUCAGCCCACCUUCCCAUGCCUGGAGGAGCUGAACCUCAGUAUGAACCCACUGGGCGAUGGACACACCCAGGCUCUGGCCUGCCUACUGUCAGCAUGCCCCCUGCUGGCCACUCUGUCCUUGCAGGGCUGCAGCCUCACCGCACGCUUCCUGCAGCAACACCGCCUCCUGCUGGCCAGCGCCCUGACCGGCACUGGGCACCUGAGGACUAUGACGCUAUCCCAUAACUCCCUGGGCUCCACGGGCUUUGAGUUGGUGUUGAAGACGCUACCCCUCCACCUCCUCUCCCAUCUCCACCUGACCGCUGUGUGCUGCGGGCCAGCUGACCAGCCAGCUCUGGAGCUCCUUGCCACGCAUCUCGCUCAGAACGACUGCUCACUUACCCACCUCAGUCUGGCCAGCAAUGGAUUGUCUGACCACAGUGUUGCCUCCCUGGCCAGAUGCUUGCCUGUCUGUCCCUCACUGGUGUCCUUGGACCUGUCGGCCAACCCGGACGUGACGUCCGCUGGUCUUCACAGUCUUCUGAUGGCUCUGCGGGAGGCCCGGCGGCCCCUGGUCCAGCUCAACCUCCAGGGGUGUCAGGUUGCUGGUCCCUGGAAUACUAUUUGCUUGGAUGACCUUGCCAAAAACGUCCGGGACUUGUCUCUUUGCUCCCAGAGGCUCAACAAGCUGGACCAGCAGGCCUUGCAGCAGAGCUGGCAUUUGCAGGGGAGUGGCCGAACGCUUCUCCGUCAGUCCAAGUGCAUGAUGAGCACGACCGGACCCAUAUGAACACCACCAGAAGCAAAACAUGACCUUCCAGUGCUUUCCUAAUAGUUUCCAGGUUGGAACACAGCCCCUCCCCUUUUAUUACUGUAUAAAUGUAAAGUAUUCCUCUUGUGUAAUACAAUGUUUAAUUAGACACACUAUUACACGUCAUUGUGUUUUUGGAUAUGUUGUAUUUAAGUGGUUUUGAAUGUUUAAGAAGAAAUGCUAUUAAACUUUAUCAAGUGUCA